CGAUAAUAUCGACAAAGAAAUGACUCAGAAAGAAAUCGAACUCAUUGGAGAUUCUUCAUCACUUAAAAAAGAACGUGAAGAUAGGCGGAGAUUGUCCUGGUACUAUGCUCCGUCAUUUCUGCUCCUCUGGCUCGCACUUUUUUUCGCCAUCGUAAUACCGCUCUACAACAGACUUCCAGAGAGGAUAAUAAUAGCAGAGGAGCCUUUGAAUCUUGGAGAAUUCGUGGCAGAGCGGGCGGAGAGGCAACUGCAUGAGUAUGAGCGCAUUGGACCCAAAGUUGUGGGUAGUCCAGCGAAUGAGGUGGAAACUGUGGCCUUUCUUCUGAAUGAAGUGGAAAAGAUUCGAACGGAAAUGCGCAGCGAUCUCUAUGAACUCGAUGUUGACCUCCAGUUGACUACCGGUAGCUUUUCGUUUGGCAGUAUGCUGAGCAUGUACCAGGGAAUUCAAAACAUAGUUGUUAAAUUAGUGGCAAAGAAAUCUGUUAGUGAGUCCUACCUGCUGAUCAACAGUCAUUUCGAUUCCAAACCAGGCAGUCCAGGAUCCGGUGACGAUGGAACCAUGGUCGUGGUUAUGUUGGAGGUCUUACGACAAAUGGUGAUUUCCGAGACACCAUUUGAACAUGGAAUAAUCUUUCUGUUCAACGGAGCCGAGGAAAAUGGUCUUCAGGGCGCACAUGGCUUUAUUACACAACACAAAUGGGCAGCGAAUUGCAAAGCCCUCAUUAACCUAGAGGUGGGCGGUAGCGGUGGGCGUGAUCUACUAUUUCAAAGUAGUCCCAAUAAUCCGUGGUUGAUGAAGUACUACAGGCAAUAUGCAAAACAUCCUUUUGCAACAACUCUAGCCGAGGAGAUAUGGCAGUCUGGAAUUAUACCCUCCGGCACCGACUUUCGAAUUUUCCGUGAUGUUGGAAAUCUGCCUGGUUUGGACAUCGCUCAGGCAGAUAAUGGAUACGUAUACCACACAGCAUUUGACACGUUUAAAGUGAUUCCUGGCAGAUCCAUUCAGAAUACAGGAAAUAACAUUCUUUCCCUUACGAGAGCCUACGCAAAUGCCACAGAAUUAUAUGAAACAGAGAAAACUGGAGAUGGCUACGCCAUCUUUUUUGACUUUUUGGGACUAUUCUUUGUUUACUAUACAGAGACCACUGGGAUUAUUCUAAACUGUGUGAUUGGUGUAAUAAGUCUGAUAUUAGUUGGGUUUUCCCUCUGGAGAAUGACUCGUCAGUCGGAGAAGGUUUCCAUUGGUCAGAUUUCGAUAUGGUUCCUGAUAAUCUUGGGGUUGAAUGUAUUGGGAGCAGUACUCUGCCUUUGCCUUCCCUUAUUAAUGGCUGUAUUAUUCGAUGCCGGAGAUCGGACGCUGACUUACUUCACAAGCAACUGGUUGGUAUUCGGGCUCUAUAUAUUUCCUGCAUUUAUAGGACUCGUACUUCCGUUGACUCUUUACUACACCCUGAAACCCAACCACAAACUGAGCCACGCUUACCAGAUCCAAAUGAGUUUGCAUGCCCACUCCGUGGUUUUGGCCCUUCUCAUUCUUAUUUUGACCGCUGUAGGUCUUCGUUCUCAGUACCUAUGCCUCAUAUCAUUGAUCUUCUAUGGAGGUGCUCUCUUAAUAAAUUUAAUAAGCACACUGCAUGAUCGAGGCUAUUAUUGGUCCCUGGUUGUAAUGUGUCUUCAGGUUUUACCAUUUUGCUACUUUUGUUACCUUUUCUACAUGGUGCUUGUGGUAUUUUUCCCGAUCACGGGAAGAAACGGCAUCGGCUCCAAUCCUGAUUUAAUAAUAGCGCUUUUGUGUGGAGCUUGUACCUUCUUUGCACUGGGAUUUGCUGCCCAAUUUAUCAACGUUUUCCGCUGGCCAAAGCUCAUACUUCUCGGUUUGGGAGUGGUUACCUUUAUUUUCUGCAUGAUUGCUGUUUCAGAAGUGGGAUUUCCCUAUCGCGCCAAAACCAGUGUUAUGCGAAUCACUUUUAUGCAAACGGAUCGCAUAUUCCACGACUAUGAUGGCAAGGUAACUCAUAGUGACUCGGGAUAUUAUUUCGUAUAUCAGGAUAGACGGGGACUUAAUCCUCUGGUGGACUCCGGAGUCGACCUGACUGGACUGGCUUCCAUGGAGCCCGAGUGCGAUAAGUACUUUAUGUGCGGAGCUCCCUGUUUCUAUUUUUGUGGAGGAAGGAGGAAUGCUGGCUGGCUUCCCCUCGAAUCGGAAGUGAAGCCCGGGGAAACAAACCUAGAACUUUUAGAAAAGACUAUGACAUAUGAUACAAUUCGAUUUGAAUUUAAACUAACUGGACCGCCUCACAUGAACAUCUUCAUUCAGCCAGUGGGUGAUGCUAAUAUUACGGAUUGGUCUUUUGACCAAACAUUUUUAGGUACGGUAAAGCCACCCUACAUUAUUUUCUUCUCAUAUGGAAAAGACGACUCUCCUUUGAACUUCUUCAUUGAAUUAGAGAGGCCCGUUGGUGAAUAUAACGUACCUUUUUUGGAACUUGGAGUUGUGGGACAUUUUGUUAGCCAAGAUUAUAAAAGGGAUGAACACACUCAGCAAUUCCUGGCCGACUUACCAGACUAUGUUCAUGCAAUGGAAUGGCCUGCGAUAUUUAAGGGAUAUAUAUUUUAAAAAUUGUAUAAAUCCUAACAAAAAGGUGUUAUAAAAUAAUAAAUAAAAUUUAUGCGUAUUUAUUUGCAUAUAAAAAAUUUA